AUGGAGCCGUCGGAGUGGUUCUCGAACGCUUCGACGUCGACGGCGGCCGUCGAUGAGUGCGCCAUCGAGAGCAACGACCGUCGAUGGUACUUCGCCCUCGUCGGAACCGGCUGCUCCAUCGUUUCCAUCCUCACCAACAUGAUCAUCGCCAGGGUCUGUUGAAGUUUGAAUGCAGAAACAGUAAAUGAAUCUUCUUCGUUUUGUUGAUGCGAAUUCUCUUUUUUCCUUGAACACGUGAUGCGAAACGUCGUGAGCACACUUCCCUCUUCAUAAUCGCUUACGUUUUCAUUUGAUAUUAAUUUAUUCAAGUUUUUUUCCCAUUCCUCAAACUCUCAGCUAUUAAUAAUUGACACUUUUUUUUUUACUUAUGAAUCAGGAUUAUUUCUUUGUAACCCUUGGAGCGCUGACCAAAGCUGGAGCGAAGAAUAAAAGUUUCCUUCUCUUAAUGCGAAGAUCUCUUCAGGUACUGCUCUCAAGACGACAUUCCCACUUCUUCUUCCUCGGUCUCCUGGCUCUCUCAGACUGUUUUCUCUCAAUAAACUAUGGUCCGGUCAUAGCUAUGGACAUUAUCAAAGAUCGUCUUCAGGUUUGUUCCAGGACUGAGAAGUCUUCUUUCAAAAGUAAUAAACUUAUUUUCAUAUUGCCUAGGCGUGUUUUGAAACUUUUUUCAGCUUUUGCCUCGCUGAAUUCAGUUUAGAGUAAGUGCAAAAAAUUACCUCCUCGAGGUUUCUGAGAAUACAAAUACCAUCAAUACAGUUUUUAUGUUACUUUUGAAGGAAGAAAAAAAUUAGAGUAGACAGAAAUGAUUUCAUCUGUGGAUACUGUAUGUGAAUAUCUCUAUAGGUUUUCUCUGGAAAUAAUUGUUGUAUAGAAAAGAAAGAUGAUUGACAUAAUUCACUUAUUAGAGCUGCUUUUGUAGAACUGAAAAACUAAUUAAUUAGCAAUGGCUCUGAAAAAAUAAGCAUUGAGUAAUUUCCAUUCAAUUAUCGUUUUCGAGAGUAUUCAGAUUCAUUUUCUCAUUCGCAUUGAAAAACUUUGAAAGAGUGUGAAAAAAUGAAAACGUUAAAACAAAAAUCUGAAUAAAUGAAUGAAAUGGCAACAGAAAACGGUUAUGUGUAUUAAAAAUAUAUUUCAUGAAAAAUCUUUGUUCAGUACACUUGACAGCUGUUUUAUUAUCAUUGAUGAUGUAGAAUUUUCUUUGAAGUGAAAAAUGUUCCAAAAAAGAUAAAAUGAUUAUGGUAGAAUUGAAAACAAAGGUUUUGCAGAUUCUGUGGCUGACAAGGCUGUACCAGCUCUACGUGGGGCCGUUGCUAGGCCUUUGCAGCGUGUCGAUGGCUUUCUCGAGUUAUCUCAUCAUUCUGGCGACGAUCGAGCGGUUUCUGAUCACACAGAGGUCCUCUUGGCUCGGGGCCUUCAGACGACAUCGAGGCCUUUCCGCUUUCGGAAUGUUCCUUCUGGCGCUGCUCAUGCGAGGACCCAUCAUCUUCGAGUCCGAGGUCGAGUGAAAGUUAUAUUUACUUGAUUUAUUGAUUUUUUGUUGCAAAAAUGUAAAGAAGAUCCAUUUUUCGCUGUUUUACUUCACACAUUCUUUCAAGGUAGCUAUUGUGAAAACCCCCCGGAUCUUCAAUAAUUGGCUCAAACUUGCCGAAAGCCAAUAGCAAUAUUUUCAUCCACAUCGGGUUCUCAAAAUGACUUUUAUUUAUGUUUUUAGCCCCUGCCAAAUUCAAAACAUUUUUAGAACGAAAGAGCAGAGAGCCGUCCGAAAAGUUCUGGUCUCCCUUUUUUUCUAAGUCUUUAGGUUAGCUUGCACAGUUUUGUUGGAACUUGCUCUUCUCUCAUCAUUCCAAAGGACUUUGGCAACUGGAAGAAAUGAAAAGAGCGGAGAACAUUAUCUUUUAAUUGAAUACAAAUUGACUCACUCAUGCCCGUGGAGUGUCUUCAAUAAUUCACUGAAUGGAAAAUGAGCAGGCGUGGGAGAAAAUCUGUCCCUUCUUCCGCGACUAGAAAAAAAUAAUAAUGACGAAUAAAAGCGGUUGCGAAUCCAGCCGCAUUGCAUAAUCGAAGACUUUGAAGAACAUUUUGUUUAGCUGAAGCGGAACGGCGAGUGUACGGGGCUCACGGAAUAUUACAUCGACCUGCACUCCAUAGUCCACACUUUCCUCUAUGGCACCGUCUACCGUUUCUACAUCAGGUGAGCGCAGAUGAGGUGUCCACGAAGACGUCGUGCGCUCAGGAACAUCAUGACGGUGUUCGUGCCUUUCGGAACCCUCGCUCUGCUCAACUACUGCAUCGUCAGGACGCUCCGCAUGCAGCAGCGAUCCGCAGAAAUGUUCCGCUUCCUCUCCAGCGACCAUAAGGCAUCUUUUGAUUUCCAAAGUUUUUUCUUCUUCGUGCAGAGUUUGAAAAUCAAGUUUAGGUGCUAAAAAUAAUAAAAAUUGACCCAUAUACUAUUUGACUUGCGUUUCUACAUGAACCGAAUGCAAGAAAUAGCCAAUAUCCGGUUUUGAACGCUAUUCGAAAGGUUUGGUGAAUCUUUUCUUUCGGAUGUAAAAUCUUGAUUUUUGAAAGAACUUUUCCGAUUUUUCAAUAACCUUUAUUGAACUUUUAUUUCGCUAAUGAAUUUUAGGCUGCUUUAUUCCUAGGCCGUUUGAAAUCAGAGGCCGUAUGCAAUAAAUUGGAGAAUUUUUCGCCAUUUUUCUGAAAAUAGUAAAGGCCUGAAACCCGCCAUUAAUUCAUCGAUUUCGGCUUUUUCUAAUUUCAAUGUUUCAUAAGAAGAUUUAAAUACGAAAGAACUCAUUUCAAAGUAAAAGAGACUGAUUGAAGUCGUUUUCGAGCUUAAGUAAAAAAUCAUUUCCCACUUUAUUGCUUACAGCCUCAGUUCUGUGAGACCGUUCGAAUUCGAAACCUAAAAAAGCUUUCGGAACAAGUCAGUCUCUUCUUAGACCGAACACGAUUUUCAAUAUUCUUUUUCUUGUGGCUGUAUUUAAUUGAGGACUACAAAAGAAAGAAAACUUUCCCAUAACGCCAAGUUCAGAAUUGUUUUUGGAGCCGUGGGAAGUUGAAAAACAUGAGAAAAGGUGUAAUCUAAUUUAGUUUUCCUGGAAGACGAUUAACCUCUGCUUAAUGGCUGUGGAAUGGCAAAAACAAACGUCAGGACAUUUUGGGGACAUGCACACGGAAAUAUUUAAAAUGAAUGUUAAUCGAUUUAUUUGCGAACUACUUUUCUUGAUAAUAUCAGAAAAUGACAUAUUCAGAGAAAAAGAAUGGAGAAGUAAGGGAAAGUUAAGUUUUUGUUUUUCCUAGCGAGGUGUUGGGUAAACCAUUAAUAUUCAAGGCGGCUGGUUCUAUUACGUUUUCUUCAUGUUUUUCCUGGGGCUUCACAGACUUUUCAUUAAGACUCCUAGCAACACGAUUUUCCACUCGACAGUCGAGAAAAAAAAAACAUUUUCAGCUUAUUGAAUCACUCAAAAGCUUGUCAGUUUGAAAGCUAGCAGAUUGGAGCUUUUCGCGAUUCUUUCCAUUAGCCAGGGGCUAACACUUGACACAAGCUUGCUGAAUAAGUCAAGGAUUUCAGUCGAAAAUCCGGUCGGCGACUCGGCUGAUGGUUCUCGUCGUGUGCUCUUAUCUGCUCGCCAACGUCAUCAAUGUGCUCGUCACUCUCUGGGAGUACGUCGCCUUCCAAUCAACCCAGGACGGCGUCGCUUACUUGGUAGGUUCCUUUAAACCAUAUUCCGGUUUGUUUUUAGUAGUCCGUAACUAUUUAAUUUGCAUUUUUUUGAAAGAUCCAUACGGAUGCUGUCUUUUUUUACACUGUAUCUUUUCUUACGCCUUUGUACCGUUUGAGCGGCGUCGGCGCCUCAAGUCGAUUAGCCGAAGUCUUAUCCUAGUAUCAGUGAUGAGGUGUGUAACAGCUUGGGAUUUCAAAGCUGUGGAUUUUGCAACAAGAACAUUUCUUAAACCCAUUGGUUGGGUCGAACUUGUGACCCUGCGGACCGUAGACAGACACACUACCUGUUGCGCUACGUCGCGCCUCAUAUUUUUAUAACUCCUGUAUCUGGCUUAAUAACAAAUCAAAGUCUGUUUGAAAUUCUGGUGACAUUAAGGUUCCUCCAGGGGAAAGUUGUAAUUUGUAACAGUUUCUUGCGAACAUUCUCUGUGGUUCGGAUAUAGAUCGUCAUAAUAAAUACCCGUUCAAACUUAUUAUUUGGAAAUACCGGUUUUCAAAAUUGCGGUUAAACACAGCAAAACUUCUAAUUUUAUCUCUCAAUCUUAUAAUUUGAGACCGUUAUUUCAGAUCUACGAAAUCUGCACUGACGUCACUUCGGUCCUUUAUGUUUUCGUUUGCGCCACUCGAAUAUUUGUCUACUACGCUCUGAAUAAAGUACCUUUAGCUUCGAGUUCUUUUUACCUAAAUAUAAAUUCAGGAGAUCCGCGAUGCAAUGAUGGAAUGCGCCUGUGGAUUCCCGCGUCUCCCACGCAAGUCCGACUACAUCGUCGUCACCAGAUCAUUGUAGGGAUUUUCACAACCCAAAUAGUCCACCUUCUGAUUAUAAGUAAGCUCUUCGAGAAACUUCCGAAUUGUUUCCAGCGACUCUUCUCGCCACAUCGGAACCGAGAUAGACGCAGUGGCGAUCGCGAUAGCGCGACGACUAAUGUCCAACGAGCUUCUCGCGACGUCGAAGAGCAACGGACAGCUCGACGACGACCGCGUCGACAGCCCUCUCCAAGCCAUCGUCAUCGCAAAUCGCAACGCUGGAGAGCCUCCUCGAAUGCUCUAA